AUGCGAAUAGCAAACUGUAAAACUUACAACAAACUGCUUGGUCCAGAAGCAAAUCCUAUCAGAGACUCUCUUAUGUUUCUAUGGUACAUAGGCAGUCUGGAGAGUUUUCGGUCAAUGGCUGAUAGGUUUGAUGUUGGGAAAAGUCCUUUUCACUUGAGCAUUACAAGAGUUGCUACAACAGUAGUGGAUGAGAUAAUGCCCUCUGUUAUACAGUGGCCUCGUGUUGCCAGGAUCCAAGAAAUAAGUAAUGCCUUUGGAGAUAUCUCGGGAUUCCAAAAUAUGCUUGGGGCAGUGGACGGAUCACACAUCUCUAUUAAGUUCACAUAUGUAUGGACUGGCAACCCAGGAAGCACCCAUGAUGCUUCAGUGCUCAGGUCAUCAGAGUUGUUUGCCCAGUCAGGUGAACUUUUCCCCCAAGGAUUUUACUUACUUGGGGAUUCAGCAUUUCCACUUCUGGGAUGGCUUGUGACACCAUUUAAAGACUAUGGCAACUUGACCCGAAAUCAACGCCUCUUCAAUGUGUGCCAUAGUAAGUCAAGACCAGUGAUUGAGAGAAGCUUUGGGCUUCUGAAGAUCAGAUUUCGACGACUACUUCGGUUGGAUGCUUCUGACAUAAAACUUGUUAUAAACUCUAUUCCCUCUGCUUGUGUAUUACACAACAUUUGUAUGAAGAUGAAUGAGGAAAAUUUUUAUCAGUUGGAUAUGGGAAAUGAUGGUGCUGACAAUAAUAAUGUAUGUGACAGACAAAAUCCAGAUUGUUAUCAAAUGAGUGGAGUUCGACUGCGGAAUGAACUGAUGCAGCAGCUCAUGCAAAUAAAUUAA